AUGGCGAUACUAAUAUCGUGGUGGAUAUUUCCCUUCAUAUCCUCCCUGAUGUGGCUCAGUAUGCUGCUUGGCCUUCUCCUCGAAUGGGUCACCAAUGGCGAAGCACAUCUCCCAUCGAUGGAGCCAAGUCAAACGAUAGCCUACAUCUCUGAUACGGGUGCUUUCAAUUUGAAGCCACUCUUCAUCGCCGGCUCCUUCGUAACCGUCAUCUUCCUCGACAUCGGCUUUUUCGCAGAGCGUUGGCUGAGGCACACGGGUCGGUUGGCAAAGAACACCAGCCGUACACAGAAGGCUUUGAGCGUUCUGUCGCUCUUCUUUGCGCUGAUUGGUGCAGCUGGAUUAUGCCUGCUGAGCAUCAUGGACACCUACCGCCAUUCGCGCAUCCACAAUCUCGGUCUGGGAUUGUUCAUCAUCGGAUAUGUCAUUUCUGCCAUCUUCCUCUGCGCAGAGUAUCAAAGGCUCGGCAUUCACUACCGCCACCACAGGGUCCUAGCAGCUUCUUUCUGGGUCAAGCUUGCCUUCAUCGUCAUUGAGGUUGCCCUGGCGAUCGCUUUCAUUGUACACUCUUCAGUAACUCACGACUGGAAUACUGCAGCUAUUCUCGAAUGGGCGGUCUCUUUCGUCUUUACCUUCUACAUCAUGUCCUUUGUUAUCGAUCUACUUCCUUCCGUAAGAACGAAGAGCCACAUCCCUCAGGGUCACAAGGACAUGAUCAUGGCUGAGAGUGGUAUGCCACUUGGGGAUCGACAACGAUUCAGCCAGUCAAGUACCACAUAUGAGUCGAAUCUGGUCAACGACAGCGCAGGGCCAAACCAGCCAGGUGCCAAGUAUGAAGUUCCUGCUGGAGCACCAGCGCCCAGGCGUGGGUUGCCAAGGUUGUUCUCGAAUUUGGCUUAA